GCAUUUUAAAUACACGAAGACGAAGACUUACCCCAUUUGAAACGAACUACUUUAUGGAAAUUAAUAAAAGAAAUAGGUUUUCGAUUCGAAAAGAGGUCACGCAAUAGUGUUCUUAGGGAAAAGGACGAAAUAAUUACUUGGAGGCGUCGGUUCUUGCGUGAAAUUAGAAAAUAUCGUGAAGAAGGUAGGAAGUUGUAUUUCCUAGAUGAAACUUGGGUGAAUGCUGGGCAUACUGUAAGCAAAGUAUGGAAGGACACCACAAUCUCACUCCAAGACAGGCAUUUAUCAACGGGCUAUCAACUGGAUUGAAAGAUCCAUCGGGCAAAGGAAAUCGCCGUAUUGUUCUCCAUAUAGGGUCCGAGGAUGGCUUCGUCGAGGAAGGUUUGCAGUGUUUUGAAUCGAAGAAAACAGGGGAUUAUCACGAAGAAAUGACCAGUGAAGUUUUUGAAAAGUGGUUUAUGGAAAUCGUUACACAUCUUGAUGAACAAUCUGUGAUUAUAAUGGAUAACGCUUCAUAUCAUAGCAGGAAAAGUGAAAAAAUACCAAACACCAGUACGAAAAAAGCUGAUAUACAAACUUGGUUAACAAGCAAAUCGAUACCUUACGAAGAAGAUAUGGUAAGAGCUGAACUUCUACAGCUUGUGAAACGGGCAGCUGUUACACCAAAAUAUGUAGUUGAUGAAAUUGCAAAGGAACACAAUCGUACCGUGCUGCGAUUGCCUCCAUAUCACUGCGAAUUGAAUCCAAUUGAACUGAUAUGGCCGCAAAUAAAAGGUGAAGUGGCCAGAAACAACACCACAUUUAAAAUGAAAGACCUUCAUCCACUUUUUCAACAAGCAGUGGAACAUGUUACUGCUGAAAAUUGGAAGAACGCAAUUCGCCAUGCUCAAAGUGAAGAGGAAAAAAUGUGGCAAAUUGACAUUUUAAUGGACAUCGUAGUGGAGCCAUUAGUAAUUCAUGUGGGAGAUGACUCGACAUCAACGGAGUCCGAAUCCGAGUGAAGCGAUACAGGAUUUAAAUUGUUAUGUACCUUUGUUUAUAUUCAAGUGCACUUGUAAUUUCAAAACUUUGUGCUGCUGUAAUAAUACUUUUUUGUACUUUUCUCAAUAUAAACAGUGUUUUUA